ACCAAAUUCUCCCAUUCCCCUCCCAAUUUCAAAACAUUUUACGCCGGUCUCAAAAUUUGACCGCUCCCCCCAAAAUCACCAAAACCCAAAUCCCAAAACUCCAAAAUUUCAAUUUUCAGUCAAGAUUUCUUCACAAAAAGCGCCCCCGCUCGCUCAAACAAAAUUCAAACCACCGCACCCAUGGCGGUAUUUCGAUUUCCAGCUUAUAUACUCAAACCUAUUUCCUCAUUCUCACCAACAACACCCCACACUCCCUCCCUCUCGCUCACCCUCUCUCUAUAGUUUUCUUAGACCCUCCAUUUCUUGCAUCCUGCAAUGGCGGACCAAGAAUCCACCAGGAGGGUCACGCGCUUGGCGGCGAGGAAGAGAGCAGCUGAGGAGGCAAUGGUCUCGGAGAAGAGCAAGAAGAAGAGGGUUGUGUUGGGCGAGAUUCAGAAUGUGUUGUCUUCUCGCGAUCAGAAGACUCGUGUUGUGAAUGAUAAGCCGAAAAGCAAACCCCGGAGGAAUGUGAAGAUAGCGGAAGCCGGUGGAGCUAAGGAGGUGAAGAUCUCUAAAGCCGAGACCGAUCCCACCAUUGAUUUGGACGGGAAAUCUGAUGAUCCGCAGAUGUGUAGAGCUUACGCUUCUGAUAUAUAUGAAUAUCUUCACAGUAUGGAGAUGGAGGCCAAGAGAAGGCCAUUGUCGGAUUACUUGGAGAAAAUUCAGAAAGAUGUAACUGCAAACAUGAGAGGGGUUUUGAUAGAUUGGUUGGUUGAGGUGGCUGAGGAGUACAAGCUUCUUCCGGAUACAUUAUACCUAACAGUUUCCUACAUCGACAGAUUCCUGUCAUGCAAUGCUCUUAACAGGCAAAAGCUUCAGCUACUUGGUGUUUCUUCAAUGCUUGUUGCCUCGAAAUAUGAGGAGAUAAAUCCUCCACAUGUGGGUGAUUUUUGUUAUAUAACGGAUAAUACAUACACUAAGGAGGAUGUAGUGAAAAUGGAGGCUGAUGUGCUCAAGUCCCUUCGAUUUGAAAUGGGCAAUCCCACGGUGAAGACAUUUCUCAGAAAGUUCACCAGAAUCUCUCAAGAAGAUAAUGAGAUGUUGAACUUGCAAUUGGAGUUCCUGGCUUACUAUCUAGCGGAGUUGAGUUUGUUGGAUUAUGGAUGUGUAAAAUUCUUGCCUUCAAUGGUGGCUGCAUCAGUCAUGUUCCUAGCAAGGUUUACGCUUCAGCCAAAACAAAAUCCAUGGAAUGUGGACCUAGAACGUAGUUCAGGAUAUAAAGCUGUGGAUCUGAAAGAAUGCGUUGACAUCCUUCAUGAUCUGCAAUCAAGCAAACGAGGGGGCUCUUUGGUUGCCGUGAGGGAGAAAUACAAGCAACACAAGUUCAAAUGUGUAUCGGAGUUGUCCUCACCUGCAGAAAUCCCCGAGUCCUUUUUCCAUCAGUAGAAAAGGUUACUGAUUAACCGCAAGUCUUGAAGCCUUAAACAUCAAGGAAGUGUACAUAAAGGCUUUCAAGGGCUUCAUUCUUGCUGCAUUAGGUCGAACUAAUGACUUCACACUAGAAAUGAUCAGUGAUUGGUUUUGUAUUUAGUAGUAAUUAGUGAAAGUGCUAACAAGGUAGGCCUCCACAUGUUUAUCUUUCAGUACGAGUGUGGAGCGUUUUGUGCUCUGCUUAGGAUUUUUGAUUUAGGCUGGUAUACUUGGAAAGAUCUAAGACUUUCUGUUGAAUCAAUAUUGAUAUUUUCUUGGCAA